AUGGCGUCCAUUGAUAUGGGAGGACGGUGGUUGCUAACUGUAUACCUCCCCGCACUCCAGAACUUCCCAGAGCACCAGUUUCCCUCGAUAGUGGGACGUCCAAUCCUUCGAACGGAAGAGCAGGCUGGCGAUAUAGUAGUCAAGGAUAUCAUGUGCGGAGAUGAGGCUGCUGCUGCCAGGUCCAUGCUUCAGAUUUCUUAUCCUAUGGAAAACGGAAUUGUGAAGAAUUGGGAAGACAUGCAACACCUGUGGAACUACACUUUUUACGAUAAGAUGAAGAUCGACCCGACUGGCCGAAAGAUCCUCCUGACCGAACCUCCAAUGAACCCGCUACGAAACCGCGAGAAGAUGUGUGAGACUAUGUUUGAAGGAUACAAUUUUGGCGGCGUAUAUGUUGCCAUUCAAGCUGUCCUAGCACUUUACGCUCAAGGGUUGAGCAGUGGUGUCGUGGUUGACUCUGGUGAUGGCGUAACACACGUUAUUCCUGUUUAUGAAUCUACAGUCCUAAACCACUUAACACGUCGACUUGAUGUUGCGGGUCGAGAUGUAACCCGUAACCUCAUCGCCCUGCUCCUCCGUCGGGGUUACGCCCUCAAUCGAACCGCAGACUUCGAGACCGUCCGCCAAAUCAAAGAAAAGCUCUGUUACGUCUCAUACGAUCUGGAACUUGACAAGCGUCUUUCCGAAGACACUACCGUACUGGUAGAAUCAUACACCCUCCCAGACGGACGAGUGAUAAGGGUUGGAAGCGAGCGCUUCGAGGCCCCCGAGUGUCUCUUCCAGCCGCACCUUGUCGAUGUCGACCAGCCGGGUAUUGCCGAAUUAUUAUUUAACACCAUCCAGGCGGCUGACGUCGAUGUCAGAAGCAGCUUGUACAAAGCUAUUGUUCUUAGUGGUGGUAGCAGCAUGUAUCCCGGCCUACCGUCACGAUUAGAAAAGGAGUUGAAGCAGCUGUGGUUGACCAGGAAUCUACAUGGCGACCCAGAGCGACUAGAGAAAUUUAAACCUCGUAUCGAAGAUCCUCCACGAAGACGACAUAUGGUCUUCCUGGGCGGUGCUGUCCUCGCAAACUUGCUCGCCGAUAAGGACAAUAUGUGGAUCUCAAAACAAGAAUGGGAGGAACAGGGCACAAGGGCGCUGGAGAAGCUGGGACCGAGAUAA